UAAAACUAAUGACGUAACUUCUUAGUGUGUUUGUUGUGGAUUGCUGUGAACUAACUAAGAGAUGUCAGAAAAGAAAACUCGCUUACAUUAACAGUUAAAGUGACCAUAACCCUAGCCCGGAAGUCUCGUUAUACAAUCAGCACCAUGGCGGAGGGGCAGCUGUACUCUUUGAAAUGGAAUAACUAUGUGGACCACAUCAGGACAACGUUUGCUUCUCUACGGGUCGACCGCGACCUCAUUGAUGUCACCCUCAGCUGCGAAGGAAAGAGGAUCACAGCCCACAAAAUGCUCCUGUCUGCAUGCAGCCCCUACUUCAAGAGCAUCUUCAAGGAAAAUCCGUGCCAACACCCAGUCAUUGUUUUCCGCAACAUUGCGUUUGAUGACCUUGCUGCCCUGAUUGAGUUCAUUUACAAUGGCGAGGUGGGUGUUGCUGAGGAAAACCUCGCCUCAUUCCUCAACACAGCCGAGCUGCUUGAAGUCCAAGGACUCACUAAAAGUGGCCAACCUGCCAAGAAAAGAAAUUUGGAGACUUCACCUGAAGAGAUCAAGACUGCAUCUACCUCUAUAUUGAGCGUUUCUCUUGAGCCUGAACUACCGCUCGAAGCCAACCCCUUGCUGACCAGCAUUCCCAACAUUUCGCCAGAAUCUGCUGCUCCUUUAGUGAGCAAGAGGAGGCGACGAGUUUCUCCUCCCCGCAAGGAGGACGCCGCACCAAAUGUUUCAGCUGUUCCUGUUGAUGAGCCUGUGAUCGAACCAUUCUCUGACCUCCCUUUGAAAACGGAGGCUGUGGAUGAGGAGGUGUCAAUUACCUCAGAUCAUGGCCAGUAUGUUGCAGAAGAUGAUGACAUGGCUCAAGGCGAUGCAUAUGAGGGAGCAGAUGAAUCUCAUGAACUGGAGCAAAACGAUGGGCAGGAUGGAGACCAAAGUGCGCAAGAGAAAGACGUCUCCCCAGUCGUCACGGACGUUUAUUCGCUGAGCGAGCGGUACUCCCAAAGGCGUAUCAUGUCGCGGCGCCAAAAGCAUAAACCUACCAAUAACGAGGACAGAGUUCUCGAUCCCGCGUCUGUCGUGUCGGCCACACUGGGGGCUGAAACAGCCGACGAACCUCGCGACAUUCAGGCCGAUCAACCGCGCGUCAUACAGAUCGGCAACUCGUUCAAGUGCAGCGUAUGUGGCAACACGUUCAGGCACUACAGCGGCUGUAGUGGGCACUUGAAGUCGCACCUCGGCCUUACGAAAUGCUGGAUUUGCGGCAGAGUUAGCACUAACUUGUGGAACUUGGACAUGCACCUAAGGGUGCACCGAAAUGUACAAUGCGGCCACUGCGGAAAAACAUUCUCCAACGCGCUAGAUCUGAAACGACAGCACGGGCUUGUUUGCAAACGCAAGAAGUACAAAGCGUUAGUUUAUGUCAUGGCCAAAAAGUAGCCUCCGAUGCUGGGAGAACAGCCAAUUGUAUAGAUCAGAUUUUGAAUCCCCCCAAAAAUUUUGUAUUAACAAUAAGAUAUAAUAAAUAUAAUAAUUAUUGUUCAUUUAUGCUGCGAAUAGUAUCAAUACAUAGAAAAUAAAAUCAGGUUCAUUUCUGAGGAAACUGCGUUGUGUAGUGUAAUUUACAAGUUUGAUCAUUUUUAACUCUUAUAACUCUUGUGACAAAACAGUGCUUGUAUCCGCGAUUGUUCCAAUAACCGCAAAUGAAGUUAGUGUUUUACUAUCUCUCUUUCGGCCUGUACGGUCUAUGAUAUUCGCUCAUCAUCCUUUUGGACCCACAUGGCUCGUUUAGCAGCUGCUGUAAACAAAAGCAAUGGUGGUAAUGUUUUCAUCUUGAGGGAAUAAUAAAUAAAUAAAUAAAAAGAUCGCGCCUCAUCAAGAAUAGGCGUGUAGAUAAUUAAUUCUGUUGGCCGCUACGAUUGAGGUCAAUUAUCACUGAGCUUUUGAAAAAAGUAAAAAUUGAACUUUAAAGGAGCAUACUUAACUGAUCGAAUUUUAAUUGAAAAAAUCACCACAAACCUGUAAAAAGAUUACAGCUCCGCGAUUGAAAAAUAUGCACCUUAAUUUUCAUCUGGAACCUUUCUUUUGUAUUGUUAUUCUAAAUUGGCAACUGACAAGGAAACCCUGGAUACCGACCAAAAUUAUUAGUUUUUCUUCGGACAAUACGUGAGAUUAGAAGAAAAUGACCGCGAUGAAAAGUAAGCUACAGAGGCUAACCUUGGUUUAGGGUUUUCCAUGUUUAUUUUGGAAAACUGCAAUUUAAUUGUGAAAUUAGGUUUGUAGAGUUGUUUGUUGCGUAUUUUUUCGUAAUUUUUACUCCCUCGAUUUUUAUCGAAUUUUACGAUAUUUUUAUGUUGUAUUGGUAAAAUGCUGGAGAUGUUCCAAAAAAUUGAUAUAAUUAAGAAAAAUGCUUUAACUAAUUUAAGAGAUAAAGAGCUGCGAUGUGUCCUGAAUGAAAUUUAAAUUUUGAAAAA